AUGGCCCCCGUCCCUGAAUUCUGGAAUGUCUCAUCACGAGAGUUCCAGAAGCACAUUCGGAUUGUCCCCGAGUCCAACGAGCCCCCAGUGCCUUUCCCACUCGUGCUAGCGCCGUCCGACUCUUCGGCAACCCUAUCUGACGUGCUUGACGGUGUCAAGAAAGAACUUGCCCCCAAGCCCAGCGACACGCUCGAGUCCAGCCAUAUCCGCAAGCUCCUGGACAACAAUGGCGGCGCUGUCUAUCUCAAGUCGCUCCCGCUGCGCUCGGUCAACGAUUUCUCUCAGUUCCUCGAUGCCUUGUCCGGGGAGGGCAAGAUGGCCCUGUAUCCUUAUGACGCAGUGGCCAUGAACGUGCUUCGCAAAGUCCAGGCGAAGAAUGUUCUCACUGUGAACGAGUACGUAUUCCUCAUGACAUCUGGUAUUGAUUAUACCUGCUCAUCAAUAUCACCCAGAGGGCCGCCGUCCCACGUUAUCAUGUGGCACAGCGAGUUCAGUAUCUCGCCCUCGCAUCCGCCCUACGUGGUCUUCUUCUGUCUCAAGCCCCCCGAGUCCGGUGGCAAGACCGGCAUCUCGUCCUCGUUGGCGGUCUAUAACCGCUUGAAGACUGCGUGUCCUCGGUUUUUGAGGGGCUGUGUCGAGAAGGGCUUUUCGUACCCGGCUCCGCAUCAUGUGUCCGAGUCUGACACGACCUUCUUUGGGAACGGAUUGUACAAGAAGACUGCGUACGGACCCGCAGAUGGCAGUGACAUCACGCCGCUGCCGGAGGAAGACAGACGCAGGGUCGUGGAGGAGAGGAUCCGCGCCCUGGCCGAGCUCGGUGGCUGGUCUGAGGAGACCAGUAAAGAUACCAGCCUGCCUGCGUGGCAGCAAAGAGGGUUUGAUUGGAUGUGGAGACCGGAUGGCGUGGAUGUGUACCAGCGGGUGCCCGGAAUUCGGGAGCAUCCCACCCGCAAGACGGAUACUUUGUUUACCGCCCUUGGCUCUCGGUACAUCAACACCAAGAACCGCCAGACUUUCAAGCCGCCCCAUACCUACGUCAAUGAAGAGGGCAAGGAAGUCCUCUAUCUCCCGCCGAUGUACGCCGGCCUCCCCGAAGAUGAGCCCAUUCCUGAAGAAGACUUGGAUACCUUGCACAAUCUGCAGCAGGAGUUGUCUGUGAACAUUGAUUGGGAAAUUGGCGAUGUUCUGAUCAUCGACAACUUCGCUAUUCAGCACUCUCGUCUGCCUUGGACUGGGGAUCGCAAGAUCAUGGCGAGUUUUUGGGACCAAGAGGGAUUGAAGGCGAAGCCUGUGUCUAAGCUGGAUCUGUGA